AUGGGAUCCACCGUGAAAUUAUUUUUGGACCACGCCGAGAAGGAUCCUUUGGAUGAAGAAGCUUCGCGUAUUUACUACUGCCAAGGCGGCUCACUUUUGGCUCACUUGGGAACCUCCGCCGUAACUGGUGGGGCUAAUCAAACGACAGACUCCGCCCCCUCUUCUUUUUGUCGAGCUCGAUUCCGGGCGAUUAAGGAUAGGGUUGUCCUAACUAAUUUGUCAUUUCAACUAAUAUGUUUUUAUUUUCCAGUUGUAGCAAGUUUUAUCAUCCUACACUGGGCUGGGGCAACAAAAAAAGGAGCAGAAAAGCAAAGCAGUUCAGAAGGACAGAAGACAGUUCAGUGUGGAGUGUGGACAAAAUACACAGAAGGAGGUAUUUUCACUUCCCCGAAUUAUCCCAACAAAUAUCCUCCUGACAGAGAAUGUGUCUAUAUUAUAGAAGCUGCCCCAAGACAAUGUAUUGAAUUGCACUUUGAUGAGAAAUAUUCCAUAGAGCCUUCUUGGGAGUGUAAAUUUGAUCAUAUUGAAGUGCGAGAUGGACCUUUUGGAUUUUCUCCAAUAAUUGGUCGUUUCUGUGGACAGCAAAAUCCACCUAAAAUAAAAUCCAGUGGCAGAUUCUUGUGGAUUAAAUUUUUUGCUGAUGGUGAACUUGAAUCUGUAGGAUUUUCUGCACAGUACAAUUUCACACCUGAUCCCGAAUUCAAGGAUCUUGGGGUUUUGAAACCAUUGCCAGUUUGUGAGUUUCAAAUGGGAGGAUCUGAAGGAAUUGUGGAAUCGGUGCAGAUCGGAAAAGAAGGGAAAGCUUCUGAUUCUGAGGCUGUUGAUUGUAAAUGGUACAUCCGAGCACCACCACGAUCCAAGAUAUAUUUACGAUUCUUGGACUAUGAAAUGCAGAAUUCUAAUGAAUGCAAAAGGAACUUUGUGGCUGUCUAUGAUGGAAGUAGCUCAGUGGAGGAUUUAAAAGCAAAGUUUUGCAGUACUGUUGCUAAUGAUGUGAUGCUGCGCACAGGUCUUGGAGUAAUCCGCUUGUGGGCAGAUGAAGGCAGUCGAAACAGCCGAUUCCAGAUGCUCUUCACAUCUUUCCAAGAACCCCCCUGUGAAGCCAACACAUUUUUUUGCCAUAGUAAUAUGUGUAUUAAUAAUACAUUGGUCUGCAAUGGACUCCAGAACUGUGUAUAUCCAUGGGAUGAAAACCACUGCAAAGAAAAGACAAAAGCCAGCCUGUGGGACCAGCUUACAAAUACCAGUGGGACAAUCAUUGGGGUGACUUCCUGCAUUGUGAUCCUCCUUAUCAUCAUCUCUGUAAUAGUCCAGAUCAAACAGCCUCGUAAAAGAUUUGUCCAGAGGAAAGCAGACUUUGAUCAAACAGUAUUCCAAGAGGUCUUUGAGCCUCCUCAUUAUGAGUUAUGUACUCUUAGAGGGACAGGAACUUCAUUGGACCUUGCAGAUCUUGCAGAUGACUUUGAAAAUUAUCAUAAACUCCGUAGGUCAUCUUCGAAAUGCAUUCAUGACCACCACUGUGGAUCACAAUUAUCUAGCACUAAGGGCAGCCAUAGUAAUCUUAGCACAAGAGAUACACCAAUCUUGACAGAAAUUCAACCCCAGCCUGCAAAGCCCCUUAUCCAACCUAUGAACAGAAGAAACAUCCUCGUCAUGAAGCAUAGCUACUCACAAGAUGCUGCAGAUGUGUGUGAGAUAGAUGAAAUUGAAGAGGUACCAACCACGAGUCACAGGCUGUCCAGACAUGAUAAAGCUGUUCAGCGACUGCUUGAGAAUAGUGCAUUCCGGGGUGAUUUUGAAUAGACAACAGUGACUUAUGAAAGUCAGCUCUGGAACUACAAGCUAGAGAUGUUCUGGACUCCAAUGAACUACUCCAGUUUCGUGAAAAAAACCCAUCAGUCAAUAAUAAGCAAAAUUAAUGAAUGGCAAUAAGACCCUUAUUACUAUA